UGAGGUGCAGGCUCACUGAUGCUGAUUUGUUUUUAAUUUUUAUAUUUUUUUAGUCUAAAUGAAUGCAUUUGCCUAGUAUAUAAUUUAAGUGUUUUUUAAAAAUAUAUAUUUUUUUCGUGCGCGUUGCAUUUUAAUAAACGGAGUAAGGAGCUUAAGAAACCGAUUUUCGGGAGGGCACACAAAAAAAGUUUGAACAUCAUUUGAAAAAAAACCAUGAAGAGACAGGCCGAGCGGGACUCCAGUCCUGCAAGAGCUACAGCCAAACGGAUCAGGGAGAGAGAUCGGGACCGAGAGGGCAGUCGGAGAGAAGAUGGCCAAGCGCCGCCUCUUUCUGCUCUGAUCUCUGAGAGCAGAAAUUAUCACAAACAUCAGGCCCGCAGCCGGAGCAGAGAGAGAGAAAAACCCAGAGUUAGAGAGGACCGCGGUACUGCUGAUUUGCACCACCGACAGCAUCAUCAUGACCUCGGGCUUAAUAGCCGCCCCCCUCUCCGGACUACAGCUGCCCUCCCAAAGAGCAAAGUGGCCGCUGACGUGAUUCUGAGUGGGGGUAGAGGAGGCAGUAGUUUGGAAUACAAGACUUUGCUCAUCAGUAACUUAGGCUCCCAGCUCUCGGAUGAGCAUGUGGAGGACGGGCUUUUCCACGAGUUUAAAAAGUUUGGAGACGUCAGCAUCAAACUUUCCCACACACCGGAGCUUGGACGGAUCGCUUAUGUGAAUUUCAGGCAUCCCGAGGACGCCAAGGAAGCCAGGCAUGCGAAAGGCAGGUUAGUGCUUUACGACCGGCCGCUUAAAGUUGAGCCUGUUUAUCCAAGAAGGCGGAGCUGCACUCCCCCAGAAGUGGGCUACGUGCCUGUGCAUGGCAGCUAUCAGUACAGACAGAGGUCCUUGUCUCCAGGGGCUAGCAACGUCAGAGAGCCCAGACCAAGGCAUUAUGCAGUGGAUGGACUCGGGCUGAGCAGAGAAAGGGAAAGGGCUCUAGACUAUUAUAGCAUGUUUGAUGAAAGGGGGCGAUCUUACACAUACCAGCUGCCUGAAGAGGAUUUAAUGCCUGAAGAUGAUCAAAGGGCGACAAGGAACUUGUUUAUUGGCAACUUGGACCAUAAUGUAUCAGAGGGUGAGCUGAGAAGGGGGUUUGAAAAAUACGGGAUCAUUGAGGAGGUGGUGAUUAAGCGGCCAGCUCGUGGUCAGGGGGGUGCCUACGCCUUUCUUAAAUUCCAGAACUUGGACAUGGCCCACCGGGCCAAGGUAGCCAUGUCAGGCCGAGUCAUCGGCCGGAACCCUGUGAAAAUCGGCUACGGCAAAGCUAACCCCACCACCCGGCUUUGGGUAGGGGGUCUAGGUCCCAGUACGUCUCUAGCAGCCCUGGCCAGGGAGUUUGACCGCUUUGGCAGCAUUCGGACUAUUGAUUACGUGAAGGGCGACAGCUUUGCGUACAUCCAGUAUGAGAGCCUGGACGCCGCGCAGGCCGCCUGCGCCCAGAUGCGUGGAUUUCCCCUGGGGGGUCCGGACAGGAGGCUCCGAGUUGAUUUUGCCAAAGCCGAGGAGACCCGGAGCUACCCUCAGCAGUACCAGCCUCCAGUCCCUCUGCCAGUUCACUACGACCUCCUCCCAGACAGCUAUGGCCGGCACCGGAGCCUGGAGCGAGACCUGAGGGCGCGAGACCGGACGCCACCUCACGCGCUCUUUGCUGAGCGGGAACGGGAGAGGGCUUUCCCGGACAGGGACUGGACCAGCCCUUCGAAGAGCCUGGACCGCCGCAACAACUUGGACGGCUUCGGCAGGGGCCGGGCACGCAGUCGCAGCCGGGAGCGCUGGGCAGGGGAGCGGGAUGUCGAGCGGGCCCUCGGCAAAACAUGGGAGGAGCGCCGCAAGCGCAGGAGCCUGUCCAGCGAGCGGCCCCUUGAGGACCGGGGGCGCCUCAAAAUCCAGGGCGGGGGGGCGUCUCCUGACCGCAGCCCCGACAAGAGCAGUCGCAGGCCCUCCGAUCCGGCGGCGGAGGCCCAGGACCGGGGAAGCUCCACUCCCGAUGGGAGCCGUCACUCGUCAGCCGAGGACAGGCCUUCCCAGGACGAGCCCCCGCUGAACAAAAAGAAAGAAGCGGAACAGCCGGAGCGCAACCACCGGACCAGUGACGGCGAGCAGGAGUCCAGAGCGGAGGAGCCCAAAUCCGAGACCAAAAAGCCCAACACCCUUUCUGAAUUCGCCCAGACCCUGCCGGAGGCGUGGCGCGGCUCCCUGGUGCUCAAAAACAGCUGCUUCCCCACCAAUAUGCACCUCCUGGAAGGCGGUUCGGGGAUCCUCAACGUCCUCCUGAAAGACCACGCCACGGGCGGAAAAAUCAGCCAGCUGAAGAUCGCCCAGCGCUUGCGGCUGGACCAGCCCAAACUGGACGAGGUGACUCGCCGCAUCAAGCAGGGCGUCCCGGAUGGCUAUGCAGUGCUGCUUGCGGUUCAGGGUCCCCUCGACAAGGACGCGCCUCCCCCAGAGCCUGGACUGCAAAGACGCUUGCUCCGAAACUUAGUCACCUACCUCAGGAAUAAACAGGCAGCCGGAGUGAUUGGUUUACCUUUAGGAGGACCUAAGGACCGCGAUUUCACAGGGAUGUUGUACGCUUUUCCUCCCUGCGAAUUCUCCCAGCAGUACCUCCACGCAGCCCUGAGGACUUUGGGCAAGUUGGAAGAGGAGCAUCUAGUUGUUGUAAUAGUCAGAGACUCCGCUUAAAGCCGUUUUUGUAGUGUCAAAGAACCAAGGACUGACUACAGGUUUUUAAAGAGCUGAAAAGCGCAGCUGGUUUCUUUUGUGAGAGAGUAGGGAAAUGGAAGUGCUGCUACAUUUUGUGAAACACGAAUGAAUGGAGGUGGGAGAGGGAUUGUAGGCAACAGGAAAAAAAUGACAUUUUACAAACUGACCAAGGUAUUUUAAAAAAUAAAUUGAAUUAACUCUACAUUCUAUUAAUAAAGUGUUAGCAUUUCAGUUUCCUCAUUGUUUUAUGAUUGAAAACUAUUCCAGGAGGUCGAACUACUUGUACUUCUUUACAACGUUAAACUUCUUUUAAGUAUCUUAUGCAGGAUUUGUGCAGGUGUUUCUGUGAUCCAGUUUAAUGGAUACAUUUCAGUGGCUUCAGGAAGAAAUGUUUUGCCAGAAUUGAUUAUUGUCUGAAAGUAUUUUUUAUUUCCCCGUAAGCAUCACAGUCCUUUUGACAGAAUUUAGGUCUUGGCAGUACUAAUGUUAUCUACCAUACAGGAGGUUUUGUUUUGGUUAUUCUAGAAACACAUCCAGAAAAACAAAAUAAAAAAGGUAGAGGGCAGAGGGUAGACUGUCUUCAGUUAAGAUUGUAGCCUAUUUCUGCCAAGUCUCUUUAGCAGUGCUCAAUCUGCUGAUUUGUUUUUUUACACAAACCAGGAGACGCACUUAGAGCAUUGCACAUUUUGAUUUACUAGGUGCAAGAUCAAUUAAUUUGUGUCUAAUAUUGAACUUUUAGAAGUGACAAGGUGCUCUUUGGAUUAAGAUCCUGGACUGUGUGCGGAUCCCUGAGACUGUUUUGGAUGUACUACUUAAGACCAUGCUGCUCAGUCUCUUUCCUGUGGGUGAAUAACACCUGUUGUCCUUUUCUACUUAGUACACUAAAAAUCUCGUCCAUGAAUACUAAUGAGAAUUUGUGCUUUGUUAGUUUGUGCCCUACUUGCUGCAUUCUUAAAACGGGCAAGGCUCACGAACUAGGAUCAGUACAGUCUUAAUUUAUGUAAAAGAACUGUUAAACUUCAAUGAAUAUGUAUCUAUUUUUUAAACCAGCUGCUCAUGACUUAAAGGGGGCCUUUGUUGUUUUUAUUUUUUUUAAUGCUUUGUUAUAUUUUUGGGGGGCCAUUGUAUGUAACCAUAUUUUUUUAAGUCAACAGAUAUUUUACGAUUUACCACCUUUUGCUGACUAUGAAGAAAGGAUAAAUAUGUCCUGACAGUUGAUGAAAAAUAUUGGUUGCGUAAAUCAGAUGUCACAAGCGGACUCCUGUUUCUUCACUACAAUGCUGUGAGGUAAAUACUUAGAACCUCUCCAGGAAAAAAAGGAACUGUCAGAAGAAGCUAUUGCCAAUUGUGAAGUGUUGUUUUAGUCUUGAAGACAAACCAUUUUCCGUUAAGUGACUUGCAUGGAAGAGACUCUGUAGUCUCUUGUACCAUGUCGACUUGUGCUGUUGUGCAUUUUUUAAUGAGUGAAUGCUUUCAUAAGCACACUUUUUUUCCUUAUGCUUUUAUAAAAGAGUGGAAUCCUUUGUAAAGCAAAGACAGUACUGUUUUUUUUCUUUUACCUAUGUAUGAUGUAUGAAAUAGUGUCAGUAAAAAAUGUGCCCUGUUCCAAUUUCACUUUCUCUUUAUUUUAGUAAUGAUUAGGUAUUAUGUUUGACGUUCAGCCAUUGUUGGCUGCUUACCAAUGUACGUGUUUGAUCAGAACAUGAACUGUUUGAUCUGACCAUUUCUUUGGUCUUCACUGUCUUGCAAAUGGGUUUUUUUUACGUCUGGCAUACAAUAUAAAUAAACAUAUGCAAUAUA